ACAGAAGGAGCUGGAGUUGUUCUGCUGACUGCGGAGCCCAGCUGGCCCAGAAGAACUCGCCAACUUGUCCCAAAACUUGCAGCAGGACCAGGUGCAGCGUGCCACUGAUGGGUGCCAGUCCCUGGAUUUUGCAAGCCAUGCCAAGGGGUGGAUGUGCCUGCAGCUACCUGAAUCUUACACUUGGCUUCUGAUUUCGAUUAGAUCUCAGCUGUGUGGACAAAUGCAGACAAAUGCAUUUAGGAGCUCAAAGGACAAGGAGUGGAUGCAUCUCUCCCAUAGCAAAAACGAUAAGUCUCCUGGUUGCAGUCGCAGUAUGCACAGCUGUCAGUGCGGCAGAGGAACGAGCGCAAGGCAUACACGCUUCUCAUUGGUUAGGUCGUGGAGAGAAGCAGCCACUACUAUUGUCAUCAGUGACUGGCAAACCAUGGACAGCUACUGCAGAAGACCACAGGGUGGAGUUAGCAGAACCAGGAGUAGUUCUGACCAGAGACACAAUCAUCGAAUAUCCACUAGGAAGUAACAUUCUCUCUAAAUUGGGACUUCCAUUUUACUUGUUGAUCAGUCUACGAUCAGACGAAACCAACAAUGCUUUCCUCUUCAGUAUUAGAAAUAAAAAUAGGAUAUUUUUUGGUGUACAGUUGCUGCCGAGAAAGGUAGUCGUGCACACAGUGGGCAAAAAGUCUGUGUCCUUCGAUUACACAGUGCAGGAUGGACAGUGGCACAGCUUUGCUAUUGGUGUUGGACACAAGUCCAUUUCUUUGUUUGCAGAAUGUGGAAAGAAAUACUUUAACAAAGCAGCUGUAUUUGACAUACAGACACUUGCUCCCGGUAGUAUAUUUACUUUGGGGAGAAUGACUUUUCAUUCUGUUCAAUUUGAAGGAGUAAUAUGUCAACUGGAGAUUAUUCCUUCAGCAGAAGCCUCUGCAAAUUACUGCCUCUAUGUGCGGAAGCAUUGUCUUCACGCUGACACUUUCCGAUCUCAACCUGGAGACUCUAGUAUGGAACAACGUCUUCAUCCAUCUAGACAACUAGAGACUAAUAAAAAUGUAGAGGACAGUAUCCAAUCACAGUCUAUAUUAGACAUAGCCCAAGAACCAGUUUUAUCAGCUUCUAAAACUUCAUUAGCUCAGUUGUCCCCAAAAUCCCAAAAUAGUAGUUUUGCCCAGAAUGAAACAUCUCAUGUUGAGGUUACUCCGCUUCCUGAAACAAGUAUCCAGCCACCAAACCAUGAUACCUUGGUUCAUGAAAAGAUAUGGUCAAAGAACAACACCUCUAAGAAACAAUAUAUGAAAAGGCAAAAGGAUGGAAAGGUGGGUAUUCAUCAGAUCUUCAACAGGACGCUGUAUCAGGCCAGUAGUGACGCAUAUAGCCAGCUUGACCUUUGGGAUGAUCCUGAUGAGAAUGGUAACUAUGGAACAGAGAAUGACUAUGGAACGGGGAAUGAUUACAGAACAGAAAAUAACUACGGAACAGAAAACCUCUAUGAAGUCGACAUGGAGAACUACAAUUAUGACUACGAGGAGAUGAACACUCUUUUUGAAAUGGAUGAUUUGCUUGGGGAUAAAGGAGAUCCUGGACCUCCAGGUCCUCCAGGUCCUCCCGGUUUACCAGGUCCCCCAGGGAAAAGAGGUCCAAGGGGAAUGGUUGGACCCCACGGCCAACCUGGAUUACCUGGCCCACCUGGUCCAAAAGGUCCUAAAGGAGAUCCAGGAUUUUCCCCAGGACAAGCUCUACCUGGCCCAAAGGGAGAUCCUGGGCCAAUGGGUUUAAUGGGAGAUCGUGGACCUCCAGGUCAAACGGGCCCAAAGGGUUAUCCCGGACCAACAGGCCUACCAGGAGAGAAGGGAAUUCCUGGGCUGGUUGGCGUCGUGGGGGCACGUGGUUUCCCUGGCAGGCAGGGCUUAGCAGGACCAGAAGGAAUCCCAGGCCCUAAAGGGAUUGGAGGUUUUAUUGGAAUACCUGGGGUGCCAGGACCUCCCGGACCUGAAGGAGAACGAGGGAUACCAGGGCCAGUUGGAAAGACAGGACCCAAAGGUGGGCAGGGUUUUCAUGGAGACCCUGGUGACAGGGGUGCUGCCGGUCCAGAUGGAAAUCCAGGGUCGGUUGGUAGUACUGGACCUUCUGGCUUUCCUGGCUUAAGAGGAGAAGUGGGGCCGGUGGGACCUCCUGGGCUGCCUGGGAUUCCUGGUCCUCAGGGCCUUUCAGGAAUUAUGGGGCAACUUGGACUGAAAGGUGAUAAGGGUGAAGUCGGAUUCUCAGGGGAACCAGGCGAGACGGGUUAUCCAGGAGAUAAGGGUGCUAUUGGCUUGCCGGGACCUCCUGGGUUGAAAGGAAAACAAGGACCCCCGGGAAAAGUUGGAGAUCGUGGACCACAGGGUUUGCCAGGCCCCCCUGGACCAGAGGGAUUUCCAGGAGACAUUGGCUUGCCAGGGCUAAAUGGACCUGAAGGACCAAAGGGUCUUAUUGGAGACAGAGGGCCUCCAGGUCCCCAAGGUCCAAAAGGUGCAGAGGGAGAUGAAGGACCUCUAGGACCACCAGGUGGUCUCGGACCAGUUGGAAGACCAGGACGUAAAGGAUAUGCUGGAGUACAAGGCCCAGAAGGCUUAAUGGGUGAAGUUGGAGAUAUAGGAAACAUCGGAAAAAUUGGCGAAGCGGGACCUGAAGGGUUGCCAGGAGAACCUGGGCCACCUGGAGAUCCUGGAGAAAAGGGAGAACGUGGUAGUCCUGGUCCUGAAGGUCCUUUGGGUGAAAAAGGGACACAGGGCUAUCCGGGAACCCCCGGCAUACCUGGACCAGUUGGCCCACCAGGAUUACCAGGUCCUGCUGGGCAAAGGGGACUACCAGGAAUACAAGGUCCAAAAGGGCAAAGAGGUCCACGAGGUCCUGAUGGUCCCCUGGGAGAUGAGGGCAGCCCAGGUUUAAAGGGUGAAAGAGGUGAAUCUGGGAAAAAAGGAUCUCCUGGACGUAUUGGGAAGGUGGGGAAUCCUGGAGAAAGAGGCGAACAAGGAAAACCUGGCAUCCCUGGUCCAACGGGAAGCGUGGGAGACUCGGGUCCUCCUGGAGAAUCAGGACCGAGGGGACCACAAGGAGACGCAGGUCCACCUGGAGAAACAGGGCUAGAGGGAUCACAUGGAACUGAAGGAGAUAUUGGUCCUCAAGGAGAUCCUGGCAUAAAGGGAGACAUCGGAAAUAUCGGUAACAUGGGGGCACCAGGGGAGCAAGGCAUACGGGGAGAACCAGGUCCUCCAGGAGAAGAAGGUGUUCAAGGAAAAGACGGCCCAAAGGGGGAACUUGGUGAUCCCGGCCUUCAAGGCGAGAAUGGAGAAAAGGGAGAUGAAGGAAUACCUGGCAUCCAGGGAUCUGUUGGAGAACCUGGCAGAGUCGGAUUACCGGGACCAGAAGGGAAACAAGGAGCUCCAGGCCAAAGGGGUCGUCCUGGCAAAAAGGGAGACAAAGGUCAGAUGGGGCCGGUUGGAGAGACUGGAAGUGUGGGUGACAGAGGAAUAUCAGGGGAAGCAGGACCGAAAGGAUCACGGGGUACAAGAGGACCACUGGGGCAUUUAGGAGCAAUGGGGCCAGACGGAGAGGCUGGAAUACCAGGAUAUGGGGGCCAUCAAGGGCCAACAGGACACCCCGGGCCUCCUGGACCUAAAGGAGAGAAGGGCUAUCCUGGAGAAGACAAUACUGUAAUUGGACCACAGGGAUCCCCAGGUGAACCAGGCCCUGCCGGAGAACGCGGAGACAGAGGUGAACCUGGAGAUGAAGGAUAUAAGGGUAUGAUUGGCGUAAUUGGACCAAGAGGCGCCAUCGGACAGCAAGGAGCACCAGGGGAAGCGGGUGAAAGAGGGGAUCAAGGACAAAAAGGGGAGCGAGGAUUAGCAGGCGCAAAGGGAAAGAAAGGCACGAGAGGAGCAAUGGGCAAACCAGGAAUUCCGGGAAAUCAAGGUCCGCCAGGAUUGAGAGGUGCAGAUGGGUACCCCGGGUCUGAUUUUGUUGUUGGAUUUCCUGGAAAACCUGGAUUGCCUGGAAAACCAGGGUUACCUGGUAACAGUGGACGCCCCGGACUCUCUGGAUUGGCUGGUUUACCUGGUCGACAGGGGCCAAAGGGUUCUCCUGGUGUACAAGGAAGUGAAGGAGCUCCGGGGCCUAAGGGGGAGACAGGACUACAUGGUUACCCAGGAAAAGCAGGCUCAAGGGGUUUAACUGGAGCUCAAGGUGAUCAAGGAGCAAAGGGUGAAUUUGGCUUAAAAGGGCUUCCGGGAGAAGAUGGCGAACAAGGUCUCAUGGGGUUCCAAGGGUUUCCUGGCCCGAAGGGUCCUUCUGGUGACAUUGGUCUAGUGGGUAUCACCGGUCCUAAAGGUCCCCACGGUCAGCCUGGCAACAGUGGUCCCGUAGGUCCUGAUGGAAUGAUCGGACCCUCAGGCAGCCUGGGAGAUCGGGGUGAAAAGGGAUCAAAAGGUGAAAUGGGACCUCAAGGACCCCCAGGGAACCCAGGCCCACCUGGUCCACGAGGUGGACCAGGACCAACGAAAGUGAUGGACAUGAACUCAGCUAUUCAGGCCCUGAUGGAAUCGCAUGCAGCUUUGCAGAUGGAGAGCUAUCAAAAUACUGAAGUAACCGUGCUAGAUUUUAACACGGAGAUCUUUAAAACCCUCCGCUACCUGACGGAUUUAAUGCACAGUAUAAAGAACCCUCCUGGAACCCGGGACAAUCCGGCUCGUAUUUGUCGAGACCUUCUCAACUGUGAACGGAAAGUGGCAGAUGGAAAGUACUGGAUUGAUCCCAAUCUUGGAUGUCCAUCAGAUGCCAUAGAAGUGUUUUGUAACUUUACAGCAGGAGGGCAGACAUGUUUAUCACCUGUCACUGUGACAAAGCUGGAGUUUGGCGUCGGCAAAGUGCAGAUGAAUUUUCUCCAUUUGCUGAGCUUACAGGCCGUUCACACCAUCACUAUCCACUGUCUGAACACACCGGUUUUGGGGAUGGAGGCUGGAGAAGGGACACCCCUUAUCUUCAAAGGAUGGAAUGGCCACAAAUUUGAAGGAAAAAACUUACUUGAAAGAAACGUGCAUCUAGAUGAAUGCAAGGUACAGGACGGCAGCUGGCACAAGACGAAAUUCAAGUUUUACACUCAAGACACGAACCAACUUCCAAUUGUAGACAUCUCCAAGUUCACCGUCGUCCAGAAAGGACAGCAUUAUCUGGAGAACGGUCCGGUCUGCUUCCUCUGAGAGGGGCAGCUGCUAAGCGCAAGUCUCUUUUCUAUAAAAAAGAGCCUUUAAAACUAAGGGAAGGUAGCAGUGUCUCCACUGCGUGACUAUUACAGACCAUUGUGUGGGCAAUCUUCUAAAGAAGCCGGAAGAGACUUCCUCCUAAGAAGGACAUAUUUCACAGGAAUAUUGAUAGAGUAUUUAAGUUUUAAUUAAUCUUUUUUUUUUUUUUAAUAAAUACAACUUUGAAUCAAAAACUUUAUCUAUACCUGAGACAAAUAUAAUAUAGCACUGUACAAGUUGCCUUCAAGGAAGCAGUCGGCUUGCAGAGGAGCAGUACUGGUUACUACUCUGGAAAGUGCAAUAAUGUUUUUGAAAAAAUAAAAAUACAUUUUUUAUCAUGAGUAACUCCUUGGUUGGACGGCAGAACGAUCACCUGCCCUGCAGCGGCGACGAAACACUAAGUUGGAUCUUGGUCCUUUGCGGACGCAUACCUCUCGUGAGAUGGUACCCUACCUCUUCCGCGUUGCCUAGUCCCCCUAUAAUAACAAGGUGCUAACGGCUUAAAAUUGAAUAAAUCUGAUUGCUUCACUUCUGUAUGUACUGGCUACAUCAAUUGUCCUCUCGUAUUCCUAUCUGAAAUCCAUUUAUUUCAGUAAGACAUUUAUUUAUGUGAAAGGAUCAGUCUAUUUUUGUGGUAGCCCCGCAUAGCACAAUGUAUAUGGUGCCUAUAAGUCAUAUUUUCUUAUUGUAAAAAAAGUUUUAAAAAAAACAUGCAAAUAAAGUUUUGCCUUCUUCAGCUUGUAUUAUUCCCCCCCCCCCCCCCCCUCCGCUGACAUCCGAAACGGCAUCCGUGUUGUUAUAUAAGUAUGUAUAUAUUUUGUAACAUGUAUUGAGAUUUUAAUACAGCGGAUAUUUUAUAAUGCUGAUGUUAAAUUAUAAUAAUUGUAAUCGUUUCAGAUGUUUAGAUGAUAUAUAUAUAUUUUUUGCAUUAUUAAUUGGUGCUAUUUUUUAUUUAAUUCAGAUUUGUCUAAAAAAAAAAAAAUCCAUGUUUCAGUCAAAACCGGAAAAUGUGUUAGCAGCCGGUUGUGUAUUGGUUAUGUGUCUACCGGUAUAUUUUAACCUUUCAUGAUAAAGUGAGAUUGUCAGCCGUACAAUUACCACUGUAGUAAAAGAUCUGCC